GGACAGCUACCAAUAUGCCCAGCUGAUGACUGACCCUAGUACUUUGCAUCAACCAGUUGUGGAAGUCGAUGAAACUCCCAGCAAAAAUGUCGAUGAAGAUGAAUACGAGAGUGAAAUGAGAAACGAUGAACACGGCCGAGAAUAUCGAGACGUUUUCAUCAAUCUUUCCUCGACAAAAAUAAAUAAUACGUCGGCUCCAAAUGCCCCAGCAAAUGAAACUGAUGAACCCAGAUGGUGGAAUUUAAGGGAAGUCUGUAAUACUUCAGAAACUUUUUACAGCAAAGUUUUGGAAAUGAUUCCGUUUGCUGAUUGUUCGGGAUAUGUGAUGUACUUCUUUAAUGAUAAGAUUUUCCCUGCGAAGUUGAACUUCAUCUCUGGAUCAGGUAUUGCCGGUAUAUACGUCUCGAUGGUUUUUGUUGCUUGGAGAAUAUCCAAGAACAUCACAUCUGGUGGAAUCACCAAAAUCAUCUACGAUGAACUUCCGAACGUCGACAGAGUUUUGCAACUUUGCCUGGACAUAUAUCUGGUUCGUGAAUCUGGUGACUUUACCCUGGAAGAAGACCUUUAUGCUAAAAUCGUCUUUUUGUUCCGAUCUCCUGAGACCCUUAUCAAGUGGUCAAGGCCUGUUGAAGAAGCUGCCGAAGACGAUGAUGAUGAUAGUGUACAUAGACGAAGCCUAUAA